GUGGAAUUUUAUAGCAAUAAUUUUCAGAAAUUUGCACCUUUAUGGAAAGAAUGUAAGAAGAAGGAUAAAGUGUAUAAAGCAGAAGCAAUCGUGUGUGCGGGUUUGUUUUGUGAGAAAACUGGGAGUACAUUGAACGGCGUUGAGGUGUUCGAAUUGAUCAAACGUAUCUUUGCAAAUGACGAUCAAAGUUCAUCAGAUUCUGACGGCGCAUCCACUGAUAAAUUGAAUAACGCCGCAAAAACAACAGCUCGUAAUACCUAUCUGGAACGUGUCAUUACAGCAUUGCCACACGUAAUGCUCACUUUUCAUGACGGUACGUCUAUCGAUGAUACGUUAUUGUUUUGA